UUCGUUAAAUCUGCAAAAAUUGCGUUCACGUGUUGCUUGUUUCAAUUUGUGAUUAAUUAAAUUUGUGAUGAAUUAAAUGUAUUUCUAAAAAAUAAAUAUGAAAUUGAUGCUGUGCCUGCUGCUGCUUUGCACAGCAAGUGGAGCAAUAGGAGCGAGGGAAUCAAGUGCAUCCAUCACGGCAGCGCAGCGAGCAGAGAUCGCCAAGCUUCGUGGUGAACUUAAUGAAGCCUUCGAAGCGGGCGAAGAGGAGCAACAUCAGGGUGUUAUAGUGCAGCCGGCAUGGACGCAAAAGGGACACGGAGCCAGAGUCGGUGAUACCGUUCCCAGCAAAGUGAUUGUGAAUGCCUCAACAGUGUCGGCGGCUCAAGCGCUGCGUAGCGAGAUCACGCAGGCGGUGGCCCAACAAGGACAAAGCGAGACAGUGCGUGAACUGGACGCACAUUUCCAGAAGAAAGCUGCAGCGGCAGCGCAAUUGCAAGGCGGCCAAGCUGUGGGCAGCACACACGACGAGCAGCUGGGCGGCAGUAGCGAUGAUGAACAGGCGAAUGUGGUGGAUGCGGCUCCCCUGGAUAUUGAUUUGGCGCAGCUGCAACAACUGCAGCUAUCCAAGCGACGUUCACGUGAAAUGCUGCUGCUCAGCCGCAUCGUCGAGGAUCUGCAGUUCGGGCUGGGCGAAAAUGUGACAAACUGGCUGCAGUUGCAGCACAAUGGCACCAUCUACUUGGUGGGACAACGUCAUGAGGAGUUGAUCGUAUUGCAGCAACAAGAGCAGCAAACCAAUCUGGGCUUCCAUAGCUUUGAAGUGUUUCAAACGCUCUCAGUGUCGACGCCCAUUGAUGCGCUGAUCAGCAUCCAGCAGGCGGAGAGUCUGUUGCUCUUGGCGACCCAACAACAACUGUUAUGGUAUCGCCUAGAACCCGACACCGGAUUGCAGCAAUUCUGGACGUGGCCAUUGGGUCAAACGGCGUCCAGACUGCUGCCGUUUGUGCUGGAUAAUCGCGAGCAUUUGCUUGUGGUCUCAGGCAAUCGCACGAUAAGCAUUUAUGCUCACGAUGUGCAACGUCUGGAGUUUUGGAUUGCGCAACGCUUGCAAUUGGAGCAGCCAAUAACAGCGCUCGCUGUGCUCGACACUGGACUGGAGCUGCUGCUAGCCGUGGGUCAGACGAACGAAGCUUUGAUUUACGCACACAAUGCGGAGCAAGGUCUGCAGCUGCAAUUGCGUCAACGGCUGGAGGCGCCACAAAUCAUGGACAUAGCUGCCUUUCAAAUGGGCGGACGCAGCUAUUUGGCGCUAGGCGGCCAGCAGCCACAAAUCCUUGCCUAUGUGCAGGGUCAACUGCUCCCGAAGACGGUGCUGGGCCAGAACUUUGGCAUCGUUGAGUUAUUCCUGCCGGUUCCCGUGCGCAGUUAUCGCGAUGAUCUGCUGCUCAUAGUGCAGCAUCGUGUGCACUUCGAUACGCAUUCGCUGCUGCAGCUGGAGGUGCUGGUGUGGAAUGGCGAGGUUUUCGAGGCCAGCCUGCCGCCACCCUGUGAGCUGGGCGCCGAGACGCGCUACGGCGCCGCCUGCAUGCUGGACGAGCUGCGCGAGAAGGGUUUGGCGGGCGCUGCACUGCAGCGUCAGCAGGGAAGCGAUGCGCCGCUUUUGUUGGUGCCGCGACUGGCGGCGCCAUCGGGACACUUUCGACUACACACAGAGCUGUUGCCGCGCAACUCGGAGCUGCAGGAUCUGCAGGAGAUUGAGCAGUUUAUGCGCAGCUGGGUGGAGGAGCAGGACUCAGUGCUGCAGCUGGCGGAGCAGUUGCUGCACGACGAGGCGGAAUCGUUGGUCGAGCAGUUGGACACAGCGCUGCUGAUCAACGAGGGUGCUCAAAUCGACGCACUCUACGUGAACGAUGUGCCCUGGACAACAGCAGAUGCCGGCGUCGAUCUUCUAGAGCUGCUGCAGCAGCUGCGGCUGUUGGAUGCGGUGGCAAGCGAACGUGGUAAACGCAGCAGGCGACAAGCGCAGCUUUUUAGCUACGACUAUGAGCAGCUGGACUUUGAUGUGGUCGAAGUGGAGGAAGAGGUGCUCAUCGAUAGAGUGAACCAUGUGCCAUUCUACAUACAUAAUGCCACACUGCAGUUCAACGGUACGAUCAAUGUGCAGCAAUUGCAGUUGUUGCAGCCGCAAGUCAAUGAACAGGAGACACUCGAAUCGCUGCCCUCAAGCACACGACAGCAAUUGCAACUGGCUGGGGAUUUGAUAUUCGACACAAUCAAUGGCGUUAACUGGGAGGAAUUGCUCCGACAACUUGUGUGGCGUACGAAACCAUUGCAGCUCUCCCAGCUGCAGGUGCAAGGUGCUGUCGUCUUUGAGGACUCGUUGCAUUUGAGUGCACUCAACGAGCUGAGCUUUCCCGGUGACUAUCUCUGGUCGCAGAGCAGCUCAACCAGCAUUGUGCGUGCUCCCAAGCACUUUACCCAAACGCUAAGUGUCAAUGAUGUGGACACGGCGGGCAGCAUCAAUGGCCGCAAUCCUUUGGAUGCCAUUACGCUCAGCGAUGCUCAGGACUGGCCCGGUUGGGUCACAUUUACGCAGCUCGAGGUGUCCGAGGAAUUACGAGUGGGAGGCAGCGCUCAAGGUCGCCAGUUGGAGCAGCAGGCGCCGGCGAAUCCCACGCUGUUGGAAUCACAAAACAUUCAGGCUGCCUGUCACUUUGCUCAGCUAAUUGUGCACGGACGACUGAUUGUGCAGGGACAGUUCGAUGGCAACGACUACGAUGCAUUGCUGGGUGACUUGGCACAGCGACCCAACGAUGCCAAUGAAGAGCUGAUCAUACCCGGCCAGAAGCAUGUGCAGCAACUCGUGUUGCCAGUCGAUACUCAUGUGUUGGACGGCCAACUGAGCGGAAUUCCCAUCGAGCAAUUUGUGACCAAGCAUACGCCACAGUUGCUGCAACAUUUGCAGCAAUUGGAGGGUUAUGUGUACUUCAAUCAGCUGCGCUUGAAUGGUAGCUUCGAUGGCGUUCAACUGCGGCAGCUGCUUGCGCAAGCGCUGCUGGUGAACGACACAUUGUUGGCGCCCAGUACGCAUCUACGUUUUGAGCAGGACUUGCAGUUGCCGCAGCUGCGCGUGACACGCAAUCUCAACGAGCAACCGCUCUCUGGCUACCAAACAUUGCACGAACCAAUGCAUCUGGACUCGGCAAGCUUUGAGCAACUGCAAGCGGAGCAACUGGACGUGACCGGGAAUGUGGAAGGUGCGGCGCGUCUCAAUGGCAAGACACUCGAUGAUCUGCUGUCCACAGCACGUCAGGCUCAAGUUCAAGUUCAGGAUCUAAUAUUGCCGAAUGGUGUGCAGGCAGCCAAGUUGCAAGGCUUGCAGGCGGAGCAUCUGUUGGGUUUUCUGCAGCAGUUGGAUGUGUUGCCGCUGCUCAUACUGCAGGGUCAGCUUCAGGUGCAACACAUUGCGGUCAGCGGUGCUGUGCAAGUGAUGGAGACGCUCAACGGCCGCCAGCUGGAGCAGCUGCAGCGUGAGGCUGUCUGGUUGGAUCAGCCGAAUGAGCUGCGCACACGCUGGCGCUUCCAACAGUCGCCGAUCUUUGCCAGCGAUCUGUUGCUGCAGGGCAGUUACAAUCAGCGUCUGUUGCCCGAACUGCUCGAGGACAUUGUGUUUCGCUCCGACCAGGAGCUACAAAUUGUGGGCACCAAACACUUUGCCGGUCAUGUCACGGUGCAAGAUGAACUACGAUUGGUGGCACUCAAUGGUGUGCCCUUUGAACGUUUGGCCACCAAGCAACAUCCACUGAUCUUUGCUGGCGAUGUGCAUUUGAUCGAUGGAGAAUUGCAUGUGCUACACUUGCAGCUGGAGAAGGAAUUAAAUGGUCGGCCAGUUGAGCAGCUCGAGCAGCGUUUAAUGUGGCUGCCCGAGAUGCAAGUGUUUUUGCAACGCGGUCUCGUCCACUUGCCACAACAGCUGCAGCUGCAGGAUCUCACAGUGUUGGGCCAUUUGGGAGAUCGCAAUCACGAGACGUUGACGGAAUUCUUUGACGAUGUGCUGGACAAACGUGCGGAGCAGCUGCAGGUGGAGGGCAACAAAGUGUUCACCGGUCGCGUUUGCAUACAGCAAGGUGCAUACAUCAACGAGCUGAAUGGUUUACAGCUGAAGCAGCUGCUGGAGCAACUCAUAAUGCUGGACGAGCGCAACGUGGUCACAUUGCACUCGCCAGUGCGCUUUGAGGCGCCAGUGGAGAUGCAGCAGCUGCUGGCUGAUCAACUGAUACUUCAAGGCGAGCUGCUCAAUGGCUGCAAUGUCACCGAGUGGCUGCACGACACAAUUCGCGUGGAUCGCGAUUGGCAAACUGAAUCUAGUGUUCGAUUUGCAGCGGGCGCUUUGGAUAACAAUUCACUGCACGUGGAGCAGUUGAAUCAUUUGAAUUUGUCGCGUGUAGUCACGCUGCAUACGGCGCAAGAGCUCAGUUUUCCACAGCUGAUGUUGCAGGAGCUGUACUUGAAUGACGGUCACGUGGUGCUGCCACAGGGAUUGGUGAAUGGACACAAUCUAUCCGAGGAGUACGAUAACACCUUGCUGGUGAAUGCGCCAUAUGUGCAACGCGUGCAGACGCCUCUGGUGCUGCAGUCUCUAAUUGUGCUGGACUCCUUGAUCGCCCAUGCGCCCAUCAAUGGCGAUGUCAACUACAAUUUGAGCGAUGUGGCCACGUUGCACGAGGAACAGCUGCAACUGCAGACGCCUCUCUACUUUGAGCUGCUGCAUGCGCCGGAAGUCCGCACACAAUUCCUCAUCAAUGGCUUCGACUAUGGCGCGUGGCAUGAGAAGAGUCUGUGGGCCCAAGGCCGGCAAAUGCAAGUGAUCAGCGGCAACUGGAGUGUUUACUGGCUGCGCGUGAAGCAGCCACAAGCAGCCGAGCAGACGGCGCACGCUGUCUACCGACGACAGGCAACUGCAAUGGCGCAACGUCAGCGAGAACUGUGCCAGCGAUUGGCCAAACUCUUUGGCAUGUUGCGGCUGCCGUAUGUGGUGAAGCAGCUGCGUCAUAGCUUUGAGCUGCAUCAGUCCGAGGAGCAGGCGGACUUGCGACGCGUUUUUUCUGUUAAAUCACCGCUGAUGAGAUCCAAUUAUUUGCUGUUGAAUGAGCUGGGCUGCUGGACGCGCAUCUAUCGCUGGAAUGGCACGCACUUUCAGCAAGCCGGCGCCUUUGAGAGCGGGCCCAUCGAUGAGGUGACGGUUCUGCAGCUGCGCAAUGCAACCGCCGAUGAGCAGUUUAGUUUCAUGACCAGCUACGAGUUGAGCGAUGAGCAUGCGGAACGCAGCUGGAAUUGCAGCAGUCUGCAGAAUUUGCAGAGUUGGCGCACAGCCGGCGACGCGCUGCCAGAGAUUGAGCCGCUCGGUUUGCCGGAGCAGACACUGGCGCAUGUCCAGCAGCAGCACGAGGCAAAGCAAUUGCUGAAGCAGCGACGUGUGCCCAGCUAUCAGCAGGCCAUCAAGUACUUGCAUCGACCCAGCAUAGAAUCACAGUUGCGUUCGCAGUCCGAGGUAACUUUUGAUGCAGAACAGUAUGAAGCGUUGCGCGAACGUUUGCUGGAGCAGCUGAGCUUUCGCUUGCAGACCGAGGUGAAUAUUACACAGUUGAGCAUACCCGAGAGUGAUCUGUAUGACGAUGAGCAUUUGGUGGAGGAUUUCCUCUGGCUGAUGCGUCAAUUGCAACGUUCGCGCACGCGUUCAACAAUGUUUGCCACGCUCGCUACGGAUACGUUGCCAUUGCCCAAUAAUCCAGCGCGUGUCUUGGCCGCACGCAGUUGCCUAUUGAUUUGGCCAGUGCUGGAGGAGUUGCGCACGCUGCAGACACGACUCAAUAAUGCAACAAUCGAGGAAGACGAGGCGCGGCAGCUGUUGGUGCAAAUGGAGCAGACGGUGCACGAUGUCCUGCAAUUGGCCUACGCGGAUGGCAAUUGGGAGAAUUCCCAAGAGGAUGACGACACGUUGCGUUUGCAUGCGGUCAUUGAGCGGUUGCGUCAGUUGCAGCAACAGUUGCUGGAGCAGCAGCAGCAGCAACCGCUUGCUGAGGCGAGCAUUGUGUACACCAAGAGUCUGGCUGCGCCGCAGCAGCAUUGGCAGCCAGUGGAAACUAUACGCUUGCAUGUUGGGUCAGCACAACGUGGCAAACUGCUCUACGCUCGCCUCACUAUUGUUGCACCCGAUGCGCCAGCUGUGGCCCCAGCCACUGCGCCGGCUGCUCACAUUCAGCUGCAUCAUGCCAAUGGCACACUCUUUCAAUCACUGGCCGCCAAUCCGCAGGCACGUCAGCUGACUGCGCUACGUGUGCUCGACGAGACGUUGCUCGCCUUUGUCGAGGGCUGUUGUCAGGUGCGCGUCUUCAUCUAUCGCGGGGUCCAAGGCUUUGUCCCAUUUGUGGACUUUCAAACGGAGGCUGAGGUGUUGCAACUGCUGUCCAUGCGUCUGCCACUGCUACAGGCUCCGGGCGCUCUUUACACCUUGGCUGUGGUGCAGUCGCGUCGCAUCAUCUUCCAUGAACUUGUUAUUCCGGGUCUCUUUGAGACUUGGCUGCAUUGUUAAUACCACUUUGUUAGUUGUUUAAGUGUUGUAUAGUUAAUUGUGUAUAUAACGUUAAUUUAAGUAAGUACACUUAAUGCCUGCUUAGAUAGAAGUAAGCAUAUGUAAUAGUUAUUUAUAAAUUAUAAAAGGAAAGUAACAAAUUGCUGAGAUAUUAUAUAUUUGUAUA